AUGGCCGCCAAAUCCCCUAUUAUACUCAUCCUCGGCGCCGGCCCUAACAUCGGCCAAUCCGUCGCUCAGAAGUUUGCAUCUAAGGGCUAUAAGGUCGCCCUCGCCGCUCGUUCCCUAGAGGAGAGCAACAGCACCGAGGAGCAGCUUAUUAUCCCGAGCGACCUCUCUAAAACCGACGAUAUAGUUGGUGCUUUCGCUAAAGUAAAGAAGGUGUUUGGCAUCCCCAGUGUCGUCCGCUGUGACCUUCACACUCCCGAUGACCCAUUCGCCAUCACUCUCGCCGACCUGAGUCGUGACACGACCAUCAAUGUGCACAGCGCCUUUGUGGCUGCGCAACAAGCCGUCUUAGGCUUUUCACUGCUUUCAACGUCAGCCGCGAAGACUUUCAUCUACACUAGAAAUUUCCUGAACGUCGGUAUCAUCCCAAAAUUUCUCAGCCAAGGCAUUGGCAAGUCUGGCGCCGCUCACAUGGUCUGGGCUGCUUCGGAUGCGUACAAAGACCGCGGUUAUAAAUUCUACUAUGCCGAUGAACGGAAGGCAGAUGGAUCGCCCAAGUACCGUAUCAAUGGCGGCGCACAUGCGGAUCUCUACUGGGAGCUGGCACACGCCGAAGCUCAGGGUCCUUGGAUGCAGACGUUCGUUCAUGGGGAAGGGUACAAGAAGUUUGACGACCUAUAUACGCCUCUAGCGUAA